UAACAUUACGCAAACAGAAAAAAAUAUAAUAUAAAUGCUUCAAAAAACUUUUAAAUGUAAAAGUAUACAGCUUAUAACUAAGCAGUUAAAAAUGAAUAACUUUUUAUUUACUUGUCUCCUAUAUGUUUCAUUAUGUGGAUACUGCUUUAGUUACAUUAUUGGUUGUAAAAAACAAGUAGGGGGUUCAAUUCUAAAAGACCUACUUAUUAAUGAUCGAAAAACGAUUGGUGCUAUUAACUGGUACGCAUACAACGAUUAUAUUAAAAGUUUAUUGAGCCGAUGUGAAGAAAUUGUCGCAAAGAAUGGCUACAAAGUUUACGGCUUACAAUUUUAUGGAGAAUGUUGGGGUACAAAAAGCUUAUUGAGCGCGAUAAACAGCGAAUUAGUUGUUUCUAACGAUUGCAUUAAUGGCAAAUUUGAAACUUGCAAAAUUAACGAUGUUUAUUGUAUGGGAAAACAAGAAACUACAUAUAUAUUCGAAGCAGAAAAUAUUCAUAAUGACUUUGAAACCAAGGUUAGUAAUUGGAACGAUUGGGAAGCAUGGACGCAAUGCUCUAGCCUAUGUGGAGGAGGCACCCAAGAGCGUUAUCGAACAUGUAAUGGUAAUCUCGAAAAAUGUGAAGGAGAAAGCGAAGAAAUAAGAGAUUGCAAUGAAAAGCCGUGCAAAGAAGUAUGCAAAGUUACUGCAAAAACAGACUACAGUGUUUUGGAAGUCGUUGGAAGGACAAUAUCGUAUGCUCCAUUCUGUCUUAUGUUUGGCAAAAAUAUAGCAACUAACAAGUAUCAAUAUUCUAUUAUGGCAAAAGUAUUUAGCCCUGCUGUUUCUAGAGUGGGGUUAUUUUUUAGCGCUGAAGAUACUGAUAAUUUUCAGUUUAUUUAUAUCCACAUUUCAAGUGAACUGUUGUGUUACAGCUCUGGAUCUGUUAUACAGAAGAUUUCUAUCACUGAUAAUUCAGACCAAUGCAUUCGGGCGUUCCAAUCACAAAAAUGGAUUUUAAUUGAAGCCAAGAUUUUUAAUUCUUAUGUAGAAUUUGUAUGUGAUGGAAGGUUAUUAAUAAAACAACCACUUAAUCCUUUGCUGGGAAGAACAGGAAAAGGUGGAUUAUUGGUUCCAAAUGAUUCAGUUUUGCCUCAAGUUGUUUUUUACAAAAACCUUUAUGUUGUAUAAGUUCUUCUUUAUUUAUUUUUUCUUAUUUUUGUUUAUUACCAUUUAAAAGCAAAUAAAUGUUUAUCUUGAAAAGUAUAAAUAUUUUUGUGCAUAAAUAUAAAAAAUUAGAACAUGUUUUUUUUCUUAAAGCAUCUGAGAA